AUGGAGCCAGGACCAGAAGGUGCAAUGACUCCAGUGUUGAGUGUAAAUGAGCAGUUCAAAUCACAAUCAGCAGCUGAUGCAUCUUACUCCACCACUGUAAAAAAUACAGGAAAUAAAAUAAUUGAACAUGGCGACAUUCUAGUUGACAAUUCCAGAAGUGCUAUGAUGUGUAACAAUUCACCAAGAAGCUGCUUAUGGCCAAGUGCAAAAGAUGGAAAUGUUUACGUGCCGUAUAAGCUCAGUUAUGACUUCAAUGAAUUCAGCAGACAACUAAUCAAAAGAUCUCUUGAUGAGAUUGCUAUUUUAACAUGCGUAAAAUUUUAUCAUAGUCAUAAACACGAACCAGCCUUUAUUGAUGUUAGUUCAGAAACAGGGUGUUUUGCAGUGAUAGGAUACAGAGGAUAUCAACAGAAAUUGUCAUUGCAAAUACCACAGUGUAUGCAAUUUGGUGUGAUAGCACAUGAAUUCCUACAUGCAAUUGGCUUCCACCAUGAACAUUGCAGGAGUGAUCGUAAUAAAUAUGUCAGGAUUUUUAUGCGUAAUGUUAUACCUGAGCUACGAUAUAAUUUUAAUGCUUUGCAAACAAAUAAUCUGGGCACAGCGUAUGAUUAUACCUCAAUCAUGCACUAUGGCAGAACUGUUUUUUCCAGAAAUGGGUUUCCAACAAUCCUACCAAUACCAGACCCCAACAUUGAAAUUGGACAAAUUCGAGGGCUUUCCAUGAAAGAUGUUGCCAAGAUUAACAAAUUAUAUAACUGUGUCUGGGCUUUGCCCACCAAUGCAGCCAUGUUUGCUACCGAUCCUGGCCACCUGACAUAA